AUGCAAACUAAGCCUGAUACAUCUUACGGCCGUAUGCUAGUGGAGAUGCCAACAGAAUCUGCCGAGCAGGCCUUCAUGUUGUGUGGCUUUGAAAAAAUACAAAGAGGAAAGAGUGUGGCUUUUCGACAGAAAACAAUAAUUACAAGACGAGAUGACGGAAUGAUCGGGAGACUACAAGUGAAAUUUAGUCCUCUGACUAAUACAGUAAUGUUAAAUGAAGAAGGAGGAACUACUCACUACGUCAGAAUGAAUAUGAUGGUUACUUAUAUUAAUGACAGUUUACAUGUCAAUAAUUCUCCACUGCUUUUUGAAGCCAGGAUCGUCAGUAACAACGUAACAGAAUGGAGAGGGAAAAUACCAAUACAUCGACCAGCAAUCGAGUAUUAUCCUGAUUUUAUAGUUCUGACAGAAAUCACAAAAACUGCUGACGUCAAUCCCAGCAACCUUACGUACCUCUACAGUCAAAAUGGUUCUUACUACCAUCGCGAGGCAGUAGUGUGGAAUAACGGCAGUGAUGUGUACAGGUUUGAGUUUCCUAAAGUCAUCGCCUACUUUUCCUUUUCUGCAAGUUCAUGCAUUGUGAUAUGUAACGUUACCGCUGUAAGGUUACCACUGUUGGAUUACAUUACCAUUGUAAAAGAUGAUAAUAAGGUCAUGUUGAGGAUGUUGCCAUAUGCCCUGGACCAGGACUUAAACACGUGCUUUGAUCUUCCCGUCCCAGGGGAUUUCCCCCCAAUGCUGUGGCUGAAGAUUAAAAACAUGAGUCUGUUCGGUGUGACGUCACAGAAAUUUGUAGUUCACGCCAUAGGUCAAGGCAUAGAGUGUACACGUAUUGGACAAAAAAGUAUACAAGUCGGAACCUCUAAACCCGCCGAUAGUAACAACUGCAGCAUCGACUCCGAUGUAGAAUUUUGUAAGAUCAUGUCUUAUAAUUCUUCUGCGAUCAUCACCUACUGUGAUAUAGAAUGUGUUUGUAACAAUUGUUCCAAUGUUCAUAUUGUCAUGCAAAGUGCAAACACUAAACCCUGGAGGCUAUGUGAACUCACCAUUGAGGAUGUAAUAUAA